UGUUUUGUCCAUAGGAAGGCGUACUACAAUAAGCGGCGCCUUUUUCGUCGAGCAUCCCUCGUGUGUGUGUGUGUCUCCACAGUCAAAUCGGGAUAAAGCAACGGCGACGUCAUGGCCUCGCCGGCGACGCCGAGGCCGGCGCUGAUCCGGCCGCGCGCCUCGCGCAGCCGCUCCCAGUUGGGCGCCGUCAGCCUCGCCUCCGACCACGCCGCCGCCACGGCCUCCUCCGGCCGCCGCCGUGACUACGUCUUCGUCGUCAACCCCUCCGGCGCCAAUGGCCGGACGGGCAAGCAGUGGAAGCAGCUGCUCCCCUUCCUCCACACCCGCCUCGCCGACCAAUGCAACAUUUGCGAGUGCAUCACUUCGGGCCCGUCGCACGCCAUAGAUGUCACGAGGGAGGCUAUAAAGGACGGUGCUGAUGCUGUGAUCGCCGUUGGCGGGGAUGGGACGCUUCAUGAGGUGGUGAAUGGCUUCUUUUGGAAAGGAAGCCCGGUCCGUGCUCUCGAUCGAGGGCCUGAUCACUUGACGGCACUUGGUCUCAUCCCACUUGGAACUGGCUCAGACUUUGCUAGGACAUUUGGAUGGUCAAAUGAUCCCCGUCAGGCGAUUGAUCGAAUUGUGAGAGGAGUUAAAUCAAAAUUAGACAUUGGCAUGAUGGAAGGUCCAAAUGGAGACCAACAUUUCUUUAUAAAUGUUGCUGACAUCCAUCUGAGUGCCAAGGCAGGUUAUUUUGCUUCUAUGUACAAGAGGUUUGGCAACUUAUGUUAUGUUCUGGGAGCUUUAAGAGGCUUUUGGGGUCAUACUAAUCGAGAUUUGAGAAUAAAGGUAAAUGGAGGAGAAUGGAGAACAGUUGAUAAAGUCACUGCUCUAUGCGUUGGAAAUGCCAAGUACUUUGGUGGUGGCAUGAAGAUUACUCCAACAGUUGAUCCUUUUAGCGGUGACCUUCAGGUUGUUAUUAUCCAAGAUUUCAAGUGGUACAGUUUUCUUCUUAAGCUACAUAGGCUGUAUGGAGGCACACACUUAACGGUGAAUGGCGUGUCAUCAAUAAGGAAAAAAAAACCCUGCAUGGAAAACACACAGAUACUGCAGAAAGCAUAUUGCUUUUUAUGUUCCCAAGGAAGAGUACAAUCAGUUGAAGUGGCAGAAGUGGUGCCUAACGGCGACGUCUUUGUGCAAUCUGACGGGGAGCAUUUCGGUUUUCUUCCGACCAAAUUCUCAGUUCUGCCUGGCGCAGUAGAUUUCUUCAGCUAGACCGCUGUGCUGUUUCUUCCUGUCGGAUUCCGAUGGACAGAAGACGCGUGAUUCUUGGUGUGAGUUGCCCUGUUCACCUGGUCAAUUUCUUGUGCCAUAGAUCACGACGUUCUUCCUCCUGUUACACUAGCUUAAGAUGACGUGGCAAUCAGGUUGCUCCACUCACUUGAUCUUCUGGUCUGAUAUGGUAGUACGCACGUGAAACAAAUUACUGAUGUGCAGCAGCCACCCGCCAUGUAAUUUCUCUGCCUGCAUGCAGCAUAGAAUAGUCGAGUCGUUGGUGUUCAUAGACAAGCUGUAGAGUCACAGCACAGGGGCCGAACUGGUAUGAGUGUAAAUUUCACCGUUGUUUCUUCAGUCUUGUAAGUACCGUGUGCAAUAAUACGGUUGCUUGUUGCUCGAACAA